AUGAUACAACCCGACGACGUUCGCAUGCCACGAUCGACUCGCUUUGAUGUGAGCUCGCCCCGCGCUUCGAGCGAGAACAACCGGCCAAAUAUCAAUCCUCCCGAUCUGAGAUCACUGACCCAAGAUUCGCCUCCACGGAAGCGCGAAACUAAGGGUACAUCACCCAUGUUCGCCGCGAACACUUUGACCGCCGAGCAAACAACUGAGCUGUUCCAGAAAAGACUGGCCGAGGCCCAGCAGCAUAAUGAGCAAGUCCUAGAUAAGGAGGGUGUGACCGACGUCCUUAGACCAAAAGUCACACUCGACCUCGGCAGUUCCUCUAUUGCACGUCUGCCCGAAGCGGUCAUCGACCUGAUUAAAGAUGAAGUGGACCGCCUAGCGUUGUCUUACAAUCAAAUAUGGCAUAUUCCCUUGCGAGUACACGAAUGUACACAUCUACGAUACCUCAACAUCAGGAAUAAUGUGUUUCGAGAGAUUCCCCGCGGUGUGUACAAAUUGCCAUAUCUGGAGAUUCUCGACAUUAGCAGGAAUAAAGUCAAGAAGAUAUCGCGAGAGAUCCGCUCGUUGAGUUCGCUAAGAGUGCUCUCAAUCACCGACAACAAAAUCGAUGAGCUUCCAACAGAACUAUGCGAGAUGAAUAUGCUCGAACUCCUUCGCAUCAGGGGCAACCCUCUGAAAGAGAAACUGAAAAAGGUCAUCGAGGCAAAGGAGGCUGAAGUAUCGUUCCUGGAAAUGAAUGAACAAGAGCGAGAGAAGACAAUCACUGCUGAAAUCAAGAGGCAUCUUAGGGCAUCCCACCCGGUCAUUGCGCCCAUUGAUGUCGAGGCUGCGCAGCAGUUCGAAGAACCUCCAAUGGAGACCCCCAGGCCUGCGAAGCGAAUACCUAGCAGUCGCUUCCCUGUUAUCCCAUCGACUGGUAACUCAGACGGCUCCUCGCCGCCGAACAUGAUCAAUCCGCCUCCCAUUCCAACCCGUUCGCAUUUUCGUAUGACUUCUGGACAAGGCAUGGCAAUCAAGCGGCCUGGAAUCGCACCACUGAUCUCCAGCGAUCGGAUAAGAAGCAGCUCUGAUGCUAUAGUUCAGAAUCCGCGAGCUAAGCGCAUGGGCAUGCUCCGGAACAAGGCGGAGCUGGAUUCGAUAGAGGAGUCUAGAGCAAACAGAAACAGCCACUUACGAGGAUUCAGUCAUGCGUCGGCACUGAAGCGUGGAGGAGCACUGGCUUCUCCAAGUACAAGCGCUGGUACAUCAAGUCCCAACAGCCCACGAAAUCGUCGCGAGCAAUACGUUCGGCGCCUGUCGAGCUUGCCUGAGCACAAGGUCGAGAGUGAGUGGCAAAACCCGGUCGUACAAGGCGGUAAGGGCAUACUGUACGCCCUGUACCAGGUACACCCUCAGAUUUCUGGUCUCCUUGCAGCCGUCCGAGGCCGCGAUGGGAAGCGUUCGAGUCUGGAGGUGAUCUUCUUCUAUGCGUCAACCCAUGUCGAUCGUCUGAACGAAUCACUGGAGCUUGCCGACGCGAUGGAUCCAGACGAUGCUGUGGAAUACGAACAGGUUGAAGAACGUAUCAAAGAGGAUUGUGCUCAUUGCAUCACCGCUUAUUCUCAGGUUGCCUCACGGUUACAGGAUAGCAUGAAGCGGAUAAUCGCAGGCAGUGAUCCCAGAUACGUACGCACUCUAAUGCUGCUGCUAUAUGGGAGCGUUAUGGAAUUGAGAAACGCGAUCAGUGGCUUCGGUUUUGAUGUCAGGGUAACGACUUUCAGCCACAAACGCCAACGUUCCAGCGGGUCAAAGCAUCCGAUCCAGACCAUUCCCGAGGAAUUCGUGGCCGUCAAUCGGUCAGCAACCCCAACGCGAGAAGGCAUCGUGCAUCAACGACCCGGACUGAGGUUGAGGAGUGAUACCACCAUUCAGCACCCGCCCCCUGAGAACUUGAGCACACCACAACCCACUCCAGUAAAUCAGUCGAUGCAUCUGACUGGCACGACGAUGAAUGGCAACACAUACCACAGCACUACCACAAGUUCGACGAAUGGCACAACUGUGGCUGGUAGCUCUUAUGGGUCGCGGUCGCGGUCGAAUUCACGUAACACGAGCAAUCCUUCCUCGAUGGCAUCGUCGAUCGCAAGCACUCCGCGGUCGAACGAUGGCUUCCAUUUGCCUCGAUCAACGUCUUACUUCGCUCGCAUUAACCCCUCCACAGGCCUGACGGAAAGCCAAGAAGAGGCUUUGUUCGGGCAAAUCUUUAUGUCACUGACACGAGCCUACGAAGCUGCAUUGCAAGCAGUACCGACCGCGAGGGAGCAUUUUAGUCGCUGCCUCGACGCUUCCAGAGAGGGUCGUCAGACAAGAGCCAUCCAAGAACUCUGGACAGCCCUUGUUUACCGAUGCAAGCAGUGCUACGAUGUCAGCGAGGCUCUCCAAAUGCGGCUGACCAGUAUGCGGAUCAAAGAUGAAGGUGGCCGGAACGACCCUUCAUUCUGGCUUCUGUGCAAGACCUUUCUGCAAAGUUUCGUCGAACUCGUCACCGAGAUGAAAGAACUGCGGAAUCUACGUUUAUUGCCACAAGAGCUAAUACUGAUACUCCGGCCCGUCCAGAAGACUAGUCGCGAAGCAGGUCGAUUGAUCGAGCAGAGUCCAUGGCGAGCUCUAACUGAUGGGGUAACCACCAUGCCAGCGCCAACGCCCUACACCUCAGGCUCUGGAAUUCCGCCACCCGUCAGGUCCGACAGCUUCGAUACUCCUCAUCUCGGGCCUCCUGUGCGGAGCGACAGUUACAGCUACAUGAAUGGCGGAGGAAACGGUAAUGGCUAUCCCGUUAGAGAGAACUUGAGCUUGUCUACGGCGCCCCAGCAUCCACAGUUGCUCCGCAUGCAUACAUCGCCAUCGGCCAUAUCAUCCGCCCCAGCUGUACAGCCUCUGUCGGCGCUGCCACCAGACCUAUCCGCUGUUCCAGGUUUUGACCGCAUGCACGGGCCUUCACCCCUGACGUCCCCGCUACCUGCCACCCCUCUCUCUGCAGCACUGGGCCCGGCGGCACAGGCGACUAUUCCGACAUCAGCGCCUCCGACUGCCGUACCUACAUCGGCGAAUCCCAUCAAUCUUUUUCGAGGGGAUGUGUUCCAACGAGCAGAUGCCUUAUUGAGUAGCACGGGCAGUGGUGGCACGGGCAUGAACUGGAGUAUCCGUCGAUGA